AUGCGCACGACUCCAAGGAUGCUGAAAAAGUCGCGAGAAUCCAUGGUUAUGGAUGAAUCUGUGACAAGAAGUGGUUACGAGCAGUUGAGAAAGACGUCAUCUACACCUCUUCUUGUGCAAGUCCCGACAAUGCUGGGUACACCGCAUGUUCGCAUGGCAUUGAGCCAGUCGGAGCGAAGGCGCACUGUGGAGGAACUGAUCUGGGGUGAACUGAGAAAACACGGCUUGAUGCAAUAUGUGGAGGUGCUUCAGAAGGAAGAAAUUGAUGCAGAAUCUUUCUUCACUCUGAACGAUCACGACUUAAAAAAUAUGGGCAUCGUAUCAGCGGCACAUCGAACGGCUAUUUUGAAUAUCAAAAAUCACCUUAUUAGUAUAUCGUAA